UCUUGAGUCUUGGAUUUUUUGCUGUAGAAAGGAUUCCAUCUUAGUUUUGGAAAAUGGCAACGUUCAAUGAGAAGAAGACUUGCAGCCAACGCAUGGAGAACUUUUCACGUUUUAUGUGGAACUCUGACACGGGGGAGCUAAUGGGAAGAACCCUUGAAAUGUGGGUAUACAUUAGUCUUUACUAUGCUGCCUUCUACUGCAUUAUGAUUGGACUUUUCGCACUCUCUAUAUUUUCCCUGAUGAAAACUUUGGAUCCAUAUCAUCCGGAUUACCAGGAUCGAUUAAAGGCGCCAGGUGUUACGAUGCGGCCAAAUAUUUAUGUGGAUGAUGAGUUUCAAGUAAUUUAUAAUGUGACUGAAAAUAGUUCAUACAAUUCAACUGUAACCAGCCUGUGCGACUUCCUCUCAGUGUACAAAGUUAAAACACAAGAAGAAAUGAUGAACAAAAACUGCACAAACGUAACUAAUGUAGAGGAACUCCUGACGGGCGCAGGGCGCACUAAAUAUGCUUGCCAGUUUACUACUGCUAUGCUUGGAAAAUGCUCUCAUGAAUACGAUUCAUCAUUCGGAUAUGCUUCGGGACAGCCAUGUGUUUUCAUAAAAGUUAAUCGGAUAAUAAAUUUCGUCCCACAUAAUCAUUCAGUUCCCUUCGUGAACUGCACAGCUAAGAAAGGAGAUUUCGGCCCAGUGGAAUUUUUUCCGAAUGAUGGAAGGUUUGGUCUGCAGUACUUCCCAUACUAUGGAAGGAAGGCUCAGCCAAACUACACAAAUCCGUUGGUUGCAGUGAAAUUCCUCAAUGUAACAAGGAACACUGAAUACGUUGUAGAGUGCAGCAUUGUUGGACAAGGUUUCAUUACUGAUAAUAUUCAUGAUCCCUAUGAAGGAAAGGUGUCUUUCAGACUUAAGAUAGAAAAUUAAACUGUCGGAUUCAUGGAACAGAUGAAAGCACGAACUAGCCAAAUGGCUAAAGAGCCUUUUAUAAAACCAUGUGUAUUUCUACCACACCUUUAUCACAACCUGGGGAAAUUUGUGGACCCAUCGUUUCAAAAAACUGCUCAAUGACAAAAAAGCCACAUUAAGAGAUCAUCCAGAUGGACAUGAAUUAUUUUCCCAUUGAAUACUUUUGAUUUACAGUUAGUCUUUAGCACUGAUAUACAUGGUAUUGAGUUGUGAGACAGAAUACAGAACAGAUUUCAAGCAGCACAAAAAUAAAAGAAUGUCAUAUUUACAUAUAUUAUAUAACUAACAUUGUGGUGUAAUAUCCAUGUUUGUGUUUUCAAAUUGUUUUAUUUCUAGUAUAGUUCAUAAUUUGUAUUUUUUCAUAUUACAAUAACUAACUAAUCAUCUUGACCAUUAACUGAAGAUGUUUCUACUGUUCUAAUGUAGCUUAAAAAUAAACCAGUAUAACAUAUACAGUAAAAGUAUAUUAACUGUAAUUAUAUAUAAAAAUAAUAUUAUGUAAAUAAAUGGAACAUGAUUUUGCAAUGAAUCCAUCCAAAAUGAAUAUGUUGCUCCCAGACAAAUUAAAUCAAAAUAAGGAAUUUAAGUGAAUCUAGCAAAUGUCUUAUGCCAUUAUUCUUUCCAUGAAAACAUUAGAGGAACUUUAAGCUAUUAUUGAAAUUUAAAAAAAAAAAAAUAUAUAUGUAAUACAGUGUGCCAUGCAUG